AUGGGACGAGGAGGUGGUCGGAAGCGUGGAAAAGGCAAUGGACCUCCUCCAUUUGACAUGGGACCAAGGCGGCCUCAUCCAUUUGACAUGGGCCCAGGACCAGGUUGGUGUGGGCCGUCUGGACCUUUUGGUCCUUUUCACGGUGGCCCCGGUCCACAUCCUAACUUUAUGGGAGAUCCAAUGAUGCAAGGCCCCAUGCCACCUGAUUAUCACGGAUAUGGGCCAGGCUACGGGCCAAUGGGUCCAGGUGGCCCCAUGGAUGGAUACGGACCAAUGGGGCCAGGUGGCCCCAUGGAUGGAUACGGGCCAAGAGGCCCCAUGGAUGGGUAUGGGCCAAUGGGUCCAGGUGGCCCUAUGGAUGGAUGUUUCGAUGGGCCGCCGAUGGAUGGACCAGGAUUCGGGUAUGGUCCAGGUAUGCCUGGACCAUAUGAUCCGAUGAUGGGCAAUGUACCAGGACCAAUGCCCCCAGUUAUGCCGCCCCCAGUUAUGCCCCCCCCAGUUAUGCCCCCCCCUGGUAUUCCUCCCCCAGGUAUGCCGCCCAUGGUGCCGCCUCUGGUGGACAACCCUGGCUUUCCUCCACCCUGGCAAAGCGAGGUAAUGUUAGCUAGACAACUUGUAGUGCUUUCUGCAUAUUGCAAAUUCUCAAUGUUAAACUUGUAAAUAAAACUAUCUUGGUGUUAUAAUAACAUGACAUGGUUUGAAUGGGCAAUCAAGAACAAUUAGUUUGUUCUUCAUGAAUAACAUCUUUUAAAUAAAAAAUAAUCCCUAACAUCAAGUCUGCCUCCUUCAGGCAAACCCUUAUGCUGUCCCUCCUCCGUCGUGGGUAAGUGCUACUGUGUCUGUUCUGUCCUGUCAUCUCUAUGAUACAAUUUCAAUGAAAUUGUGCUGCUGACCCUCAACAUUUCACUGGCUCCUUUUCUCUUCCUGACAACAGCCCGUCCCGACAACAGCCCCCGUUCCGACUGAGACGACUGUAGUGCCUGAUGUGUGGGGACUCUGCCGGGGCUCCGAGGUCCCUCAGCCUGAUCCCCCCCAGACUGAUGAACAGAAGACCAAAGUGUCCAAGAAGGAAAAAAAAUCGUCAGGGAAGAAGAGCUACAAUGACAAGUAAUGGUCAUUAUGUCAACAAAUUAGGUGUCAUCAUCACUGUGCGAUUAGUGUUUGAUUGCAUACAGUAGUUGGAUCUUCCAUACGUUAGAUUAGUUGUUCAGGAAGUUCUGCUUAUACGCGUAUACUUUUUCCUCUCAACACUUAUAACUCAUAGGCCUCCUCCACCUGGAAGAUCCAAGGGGGUCAUCUCAUUCAUCGGGGUAAGUCCAAAUGCUGAGAAUCCUGCUUGAAUGGAUGGUUCUUCAUCUCCGCUAGUAAACAUUGCAUUCUCAAAUUGUGCUCUCCCCUCCACAGCCAACUUAUGGCUACAUCGAAAGAGAUGAUCUCAAAAAAUAUUCCUUCACUUUUGAUGCUUUUCUGGGAGUCCCCAAGAACAUGAUACCUGGGGUCAGGGUGCAUUUUACAGCCUACAAGGAGAAGGUGGGUCACUUUAGAAACAUUUUGCUAGAUAUUGUUUAAAGGACAACAUUUGGAGGAGUUUGAGCCAUUGGUUUUCAUUGUAUUUGUAUUUUUUAUACUUCCUUGUAUUGUAAACCCAGGCAGGGGAAUGUGCGACCGAUGUAUCUGUACCUCCAGGGGGGACUGAGGAGAUUGACUCCACCAUUAUCGAAGGUUUUGUCUGCAAUGCUAUCCCGGAGCAGCAGGUGAGGGAACUCUGUAGCACACAGAAAAAAUGUAUUAAUUCAUGAGUUUAUGAACAUUUCCAUCACUGCCUCAACAAGAUGUUUGUUGUUUAUUGUAAGUUUAUUUGAUUCUAUGCUUGGCUUGUUAUGACUAAUACAUGGCAUCUCAUUUAAAAAUGUCCCAGUUAGGUAUUAACUUAAUGUAUGUGCCCCCACACAGCCUGGUGCAAAGCAGAAACCUGGCCAAAUUGAGGCUAACAUCGAUGGCAAGACAAGAGCGCUGCUUUACUCAGAGAAGGACUGCACCAUCACCCUGUUGCAAGGGGACCAUGUGACGUUCAACUUGUUAACCGACAUAGUUUCCCAAAACAUUAGAGCCACUAAUAUUCGGCCAAAGACACCACAGACUUUUAAGAUUACUGGAGAGAAGAGGGAGGUGGUAAGUCUGAGUGGCUAUUUCUUACAUUUUCAUAUUGGUAAAACAUGUGUACAUAAACUCUGGUCCUGGAGAGCUGCACGCCUUUUAUCCAGCCUAGUAUGACUACACCCGGCUCAAAUAAUAAUCUAUUCAAGAUCUUCAAUUGAGACCACAAUUAUUUAAAUCAAGUGUGUUGGAGCUGGGCUGGAACAAACUACUGCACACAUAGUGGCCCAGUGGGACCAGAGUUGGCCAUCCCUACUGUAGCUAGCUGUUGAUAUCUUUUUUUUGUGCUCUUAACCAGGGUGUGAUAAUGAGCGUAAAGGGUGGCUCUGGCACCAUCAUGGCAGCGAACCAGAACAACCUGCCCUUUGAGACCACAGAGAACAUGAGUCUAACUGAGUUCACUGUUAUGGAUGAGGUGGACUUUACAGUCGUCACAGUGAGUAUACUGUGUCUUUCCCAUCCACAUAAUUGUUGUUUGUUGACACUGAAUUAUGAUCAGUUUGUACCUUGGUGUGAUGUUAGGACCCUCUACAUGUGCAGGUUUUGAUCCUAAGUAUAGCAAUGUUUAAAUUAUUUGUCGAUUGACUGAUACAUUUUACAUUAACAUGAUGUCAUUGUUUUCAUUAGAUCAAAGCGAAGGAGAAGGCCAUCAGAGUAAGGAAGCUGAAGUGCUUGGUGACACUGGAAGAUACCAUGGAGAAGAAGGUUGAAGACACUGCAGGAAAAGACAAGGUGGGGCACAGUUCAGUGCAAAAUCUGAUAGGUGCCAGGUGGUGGAAAAUCUCUUAACUGUCAUUCACAGAGUUGAGUACUCUCAUCUGCGACAUACCCAAUCAUGUCCUUAUUACUGUCUCUCUCCAGUGGAAGCCAGUGGCCCCAGUGGAGGAGGUGCUGCCCCAGAGGACUGUGGUGUUUGAGGACAUUAGCACUGCGCAGCAUGCAGGAACGGUCAUUAAGGCUGUCCUCAAGGUCUCCGACAAGAAGCAGGUACGGGGUAUUACUAAAAGAUUGAAAGUACAGAUCAGACAGUAUUAUUAUGUGUUCUUGUUGGAAAGCGUUUGGGUUGUCAAAUCAUGGAUUUUAGAAUGUGUUAUCUCCUUUUCCUUCCAGGAGCAGGGCCUUUUGGAGGCGUCGGUGGGUGGCACACAGAAGCAGUUAUCGUUUGAAGCAGCUGACAUUCUGACUGAAGCCACCAUGUUUGACGGAGACAAGGUUCACUUUAACAUCUCCACCAACCGUGAGACCAAGGAGGAGCGUGCCAUCAACGUGGAGAUUCUCUCUGAGACGUUUGAGGAGUCAACAGAGCAACGCAGAACUGUAAGAUCACUUUUAGCAUGUGGUACAUGAUGCCUUUAAGUCUGAGGCUGGCUAGGUUUUUCCACUUGAAGGUUUUUCCACACUUGAGAAGGAUGGGAUGUUUUAUGUAAUGGUCUUUUUUUAAAUAAAAAAAUGCCUUAAUGGAUUUGCACAGUGUGUCUAAGUGAAGUGUUUUCCCUUCUAGGGUGUGGUGGUGCAAGCUGGGGAGCUGUCUGGGACCAUUAAGUGCCAUCAGAGCCCCCAGCUGCUCUUCUUCCGUCUGACUGAGGUCAUGGAGGAGAAGAAACUGGACAUCUCAGAGAAGGUGGAGUUCAGUGUCAUUCCGGUAAGUUUCCCUGGAGCUGUGAUCCGAUUCACACAGGGAAAUUAAUAUCUAUUGGUAUACUGUACAUGCAACUACCUAUUUUAGAGAAACCUAAUUAUUUUGACCAGUUCUUUCCAACUUGAGGAACACGCAGUUACAUUUCCAUAUAACCCACCCUGCUGCUCUCAUAUGGAUCGAUUUAACUACUGUCCUCCACUGAGUCUAGUUCACAUGAUUAUUUUGGGAAGAAAGACAAAGAAGUUAAAGUCCCAGUGCAGUCAAUUAUGUUUUCUUGUGUUUUGUAUCAUACUUGUACAACAGCUGAUGAAACUAGCACAGUAAAAGUAUGAAAAAAUGUGAUCCGAUACUUUCUGGUUGAAAAUACAAUCACCACAGGACCUUCUAAUCAUCAGGUUUUGCAAUGGUGGCAAUAUGUUAAUAGACCAAUAACAAAGAGAGUUCAAACCCUCUCUGCAAAUAAUGGUUCGUUUUCAGGUUACAUAUCCCUCCCUUUAGGCCUCUCUACUCUGGUGGAUUGAUCCCCGCGCCACAAUCAAAUCAAAUCAAAUCAAAUGUUAUUGGUCACAUGCGCCGAAUACAACAGGUGCAGACAUUACAGUGAAAUGCUUACUUACAGCCCUUAACCAACAGUGCAUUUAUUUUUAACAAAAAAAGUCAAAAUAAAACAACAACAAAAAAAGUGUUGAGAAAAAAAGAGCAGAAGUAAAAUAAAAUAACAGUAGGGAGGCUAUAUAUACAGGGGGGUACCGGUGCAGAGUCAAUGUGCGGGGUCACGGGCUAGUUGAGAUAGUUGAAGUAAUAUGUACAUGUGGGUAGAGUUAAAGUGACUAUGCAUAAAUAAUUAAGUGAGUAGCAGCAGCGUAAAAAGGAUGGGGUGGGGGGGCAGUGCAAAUAGUCUGGGUAGCCAUGAUUAGCUGUUCAGGAGUCUUAUGGCUUGGGGGUAGAAGCUGUUGAGAAGUCUUUUGGACCUAGACUUGGCACUCCGGUACCGCUUGCCGUGCGGUAGCAGGGAGAACAGUCUAUGACUAGGGUGGCUGGAGUCUUUGACAAUUUUGAGGGCCUUCCUCUGACACCGCCUGGUAUAGAGGUCCUGGAUGGCAGGAAGCUUGGCCCCAGUGAUGUACUGGGCCGUACGCACUACCCUCUGUAGUGCCUUGCGGUCGGAGGCCAAGCAGUUGCCAUACCAGGCGGUGAUGCAACCAGUCAGGAUGCUCUCGAUGGUGCAGCUGUAGAAUUUUUUGAGGAUCUGAGGACCCAUGCCAAAUCUUUUCAGUCUCCUGAGGGGGAAUAGGCUUUGUCGUGCCCUCUUCACGACUGUCUUGGUGUGUUUGGACCAUGAUAGUUCAUUGGUGAUGUGGACACCAAGGAACUUGAAGCUCUCAACCUGUUCCACUACAGCCCCGUCGAUGAGAAUGGGGGCGUGCUCAGUCCUCUUUUUUUUCCUGUAGUCCACAAUCAUCUCCUUUGUCUUGAUCACGUUGAGGGAGAGGUUGUUGUCCUGGCACCACACGGCCAGGUCUCUGACCUCCUCCCUAUAGGCUGUCUCAUCGUUGUCGGUGAUCAGGCCUACCACUGUUGUGUCAUCGGCAAACUUAAUGAUGGUGUUGGAGUCGUGCCUGGCCAUGCAGUCAUGGGUGAACAGAGAGUACAGGAGGGGACUGAGCACGCACCCCUGAGGGGCCCCCGUGUUGAGGAUCAGUGUGGCAGAUGUGUUGUUACCUACCCUUACCACCUGGGGGCGGCCCGUCAGGAAGUCCAGGAUCCAGUUGCAGAGGGAGGUGUUUAGUCCCAGGAUCCUUAGCUUAGUGAUGAGCUUAGAGGGCACUAUGGUGUUGAAUGCUGAGCUGUAGUCAAUGAAUAGCAUUCUCACGUAGGUGUUCCUCUUGUCCAGGUGGGAAAGGGCAGUGUUGAGUGCAAUAGAGAUUGCAUCAUCUGUGGAUCUGUUGGGGCGGUAUGCAAAUUGGAGUGGGUCUAGGGUUUCUGGGAUAAUGGUGUUGAUGUGAGCCAUGACCAGCCUUUCAAAUCACUUCAUGGCUACAGACGUGAGUGCUACGUGUCGGUAGUCAUUUAGGCAGGUUACCUUAGGGUCCUUGGGCACGGGGACUAUGGUGGUCUGCUUGAAACAUGUUGGUAUUACAGACUCAGUCAGGGACAUGUUGAAAAUGUCAGUGAAGACACUUGCCAGUUGGUCAGCACAUGCUCGGAGAACACGUCCUGGUAAUCCGUCUGGCCCUGCGGCCUUGUGAAUGUUGACCUGCUUAAAAGUCUUACUCACAUCGGCUACGGAGAGCGUGAUCACAUAGUCAUCCGGAACAGCUGGUGCUCUCAUGCAUGCUUCAGUGUUGCUUGCCUCGAAGCGAGCAUAGAAGUGGUUUAGCUGGUAGGCUUGUGUCACUGGGCAGCUCGCGGCUAUGCUUCCCUUUGUAGUCUGUAAUAGUUUUCAAGCCCUGCCACAUCCGACGAGCGUCAGAGCCAGUGUAGUACGAUUCAAUCUUAGCCCUGUAUUGACUCUUUGCCUGUUUGAUGGUUCGUCGGAGGGCAUAGCGGGAUUUCUUAUAAGCGUCCGGGUUAGAGUCCCGUUCCUUGAAAGCAGCAGCUCUACCCUUUAGCUCAGUGCGGAUGUUUCCUGUAAUCCAUGGCUUCUGGUUGGGGUAUGUACGUACGGUCACUGUGGGGACGACAUCAUCGAUGCACUUAGUGAUGAAGCCAGUGACUGAUGUGGUGUACUCUUCAAUGCUGUCUGAAGAAUCCCGGAACAUGUUCCAGUCUGUGCUAGCAAAACAGUCCUGUAGCUUAGCAUCUGCGUCAUCUGACCACUUUUUUAUUAACCGAGUCACUGGUGCUUCCUGCUUUAGAUUUUGCUUAUAAGCAGGAAUCAGGAGGAUAGAGUUAUGGUCAGAUUUGCCAAAUGGAGGGCGAGGGGAGCUUUGUAUGCGUCUCAGUGUGUGGAGUAAAGGUGGUCUAGAGUUUUUUUUCCUCUGGUUGCACAUUUAACAUGCUGGUAGAAAUUAGGUAGAACGGAUUUAAGUUUCCCUGCAUUAAAGUCCCCGGCCACUAGGAGCGCUGCAUCUGGAUGAGUGUUUUCCUGUUGAUUUAUGGCCUUGUACAACUCAUUCAGUGCAAUCUUAAUGCCAGCAUUGGUUUGUGGUGGUUAAUAGACAGCUAUGAAAAAUAUAGAUGAAAACUCUCUUGGUAAAUAGUGUGGUCUACAGCUUAUCAUAAGAUACUCUACCUCAGGCGAGCAAAACCUCGAGACAUCCUUAGUAUUUGAUUUUGUGCACCAGCUGUUGUUUACAAAUAUACACAGACCGCCACCCCUUGUCUUACUGUGGUUAAUGCAGCGCUUUGGUGCCCUUCCCCACUCCCCUCAGACCAGACAGUCUUUGCAAAGAUCUUGCUUGAGAAUUAGUUUUUUUGCUAAAAAGCUAUUUUUGUUGCGUUUUGACAAUUUUAACGGAAAACUGUUACAAUAAGUUUCUUAGCUAAUUGUUACCCAGAAUUGAUUUUGAGAUAAAUAAAAAAAACACAGCUGCACUGGGCAUUUAACCUUUUCCAUUUUCUCUUAGCUUGAAACAGCUGAAGGAGGCAACCAAGCGAUCAGGAUCAAACGCUUUAUCGACAGUGUCUUCACCCGUGUGCCCAAGCUAGGGGGCGUGGCAGCAAAAGAAAAGGUUGGUUUAUGAUGGAACAAAGGCCUGUGACUUUGGUCAAUGAUGUUAGUCCUUGGGGAUGUCAUAUUGACAUAGGGGAUAGACAUAUGUUGCUGUCUAUGUUGUAUUACAUUGUCUAUUCCCUAUUAUUGUCUUUCAGAAGAAGAUGACCAUCAAACUGAUGAGAGACCCAAAAGUGCUCAUCAAGGGCGCAGGUGUCAAAGUAGAGCACAGAGAUGCUGAUCCUACGUGAGUUUGAUUGUGAUUAGUAGUAGUCUUGGUUCCAUCAUGAAGUCAAGGUAAAGUGUCAUUGUGUGAUGAUUUUGGAUAUCAUUUGUUAGCACAGCCACAAGUACCCUGAAAUCUAAACAUUUAACAGAUGUGCUCGAAGUCAUUUCCCUCAUUCUUUUGUGCCCCAGCAACGACAAACCUGCCUCGGAGGAGUCGGACAAGAUGAAAGCAGUCGUAAAAACUCUGCGGUCAAAAACUGCUGGCUCUGGAUCUGGUGGCAAGGACUCCGACAGCAGCCGGCGGAGAUAUGGGCGCAGUGGCAGAAGCCGAAGCAGGAGCCCCAGCCUAGACCAGUUUGGCCGGGUGAAGAAAAGGCUGAGCACGAGCAGGGAGCGCAGAGAGCGGGGUGGUAGCAGCAGGUACAGGAGCAGUCGCAGCAGGAGUCGGAGCAGGGAGAGGAGCAGCCGUGGGAGCAGGAGACGAAGCCACAGUCUGGAGAGAAAAGAUUCCAAACACAGGAGCAGCAGCAAAGAGAGGACAUCUUCGAAAAGGAGCCGCAGCAAGGAGCGAGAUGGAAGCAGUCAGAGGAGCUCCAAGAACGGUUCAAGCUCAGGAAGUAAACCUCCAGAUAGAAUGAACGAUGAGCUAGAAAGAAAGAAGAGGGAACUAGAGGAGCUCAAUGAGUUGAUAUACCGCAAGAGAGCCAUGGUCGCCAUGGAGCAACAUGGUGGAGUUCCCCAUUUCCUGCCAGAAGGGAAGCCUAUGGAGAAGACCUGCUUUGACUACAAUCAUGGAAUGCCAGAGCUUCCUCCACAACCUAAACCACCCACUGACAUCAAACCCAAGUCCAUUCUGAAGAAGCGCCCGGACCAUGUCACAGGGCCACUUUUCCCAAUUCAGGUCAGUUGUCAUUUUUAAACUUCUCUUUCAUUUAGAGAAUAAUUUGUUCUCCCAGGAAUUUUAAGAGCUGGUUAUAUUCCAUGGGGUGCUGGUGCUUUAUAUCAUUUGCAUAUAUCAGUAUAAGAAACAUAUUACAGUCAAAUCAUUUUGUCAGUAUUAUUGUGAUCAGUACAACAUGAGAUACCUUUUUCGUUUGUAUGAAAUGGUGGGCAAUUAUUUUGUUUCUUCUCUGCAGACUGAACCCCCUAAAGCUCAACCUCUUGAUCAAAGGCUUGUGGAACAAUACGGUUAUGACGUUGAGACGCCCUAUAAACCACACUCUGCCCAACCACCCUUCACCCAAACAUCCAGUCAGAAGUCCUAUUAUGAAGGUUCAGCUGGGCAUCCUGCUCCUGACCUAUCUGCCAAGUAUGAUCCAUAUGAGCAGACUUCUAGAGAGCACCCAUCACAACCUUCUCCAGUUCGCCAAACACCUCUUGACCCUCAUUCUUCAAAUCGACCUCCUCCCAGCCGAGAGUCUCAGGAAAAGAACCCUAACUUGAACACCCAGCUCGCCCGUUUCCUCAACAUCCUCAACAAAGGUGUGGAUGCCGGUCUGCUCUCCACUGUGGUCAAGGAGUCUCGAGAGGAGAUUGCUGGUAUUCAGGAGGAUAGUUCCAUACCUCAAAAGUGUUAUCGUGGGUCGCGUGACCGUGGGGAUGAAGAUCAGUACAAGGAUGCCUACAGAGGAAGAGAGGAGGAGCCAGAGCGCUCAAACAGGGGCUUCGCCAGGGAGCGAGUGAAGACCUCAGACACUAAAGAUGACCCCAGAAACGAAGACCGGCUGCUACCUCACGAGAGGGCAAUCCAGGACGGUAGUGGCUUUUCCGGAAUUCUAGGAAUGACGUCCCACACCCAGUUCCUGAGAGAACCUGAACGUGUGGAAGAAGAGGAUGACUUCCUCUAUGGGGGUAAAGCAGCAGAAGCAGUUGAGGAGGAGCGCUAUGAAAAACCUGGGCGGUCAGACAGAUCCAGGGAUGACGGGAGGUCCAGCCCAGCCAGAGCCCCAGUGGAGGAGACCAGGAAGCAGGAGAGUCAGGACAAGACACAGCACUUCGACAAGAUCAAGAGCCUGCUCCAGGCCAUCGGCCUGAACCUGGACACCUCAGAGGUCACCAAGCUGGCAGACAGGACCCAGGAGCGCCUCUACGGAACAAAGUCAUCCAAACACUCAUCAGAUUCCUCUGAGAGAGAGACAAAGCACUCAUCUAGGCGGGGAGAUCGGCAUCGGCGCCGCAACACCGACUCAUCUGAUUCCGAACGCCUCCGGUCAGCCUCGCCCUCCAGGUCUUCCCAGCGGGAGGUGUACCUCAGCCCCCAAGACACCUCAGAAUAUGGAGGGUUCCUUGACCCGGAAGAGGAGGCGGCCUUGGAGAAGGCAAGGCAGAUGCAGAGCCUCACCAAGAAAGUGAGCGUCUCGCCCCCCACCACCCCCUCCUCACAUCCUGGCACCUCCUAUUCCACCACACAGUGGAACUGCCCUGAGAAGACACAGCCCAUCACUCCUAAGGGUUGGCCUAGCAAGGGGUCUAGUACCAACUAUCUCUCAUCACUGCCGCCCGGUCCCUUAGGUCUCCCCCCACAGAUUUCCCCUGUCCCAUCCUUGACAAACACACCUCAGGUUCCAGCUGGUCAACAAGCAGCCGGGGUGUAUACUUAUACUUCGCCUGUGGGACAAUCCCCUGGCCUACCCACGGCCUUGCCCUCCACUUAUUAUGGGCAGCCUGGUGCCCCUAUGAUACCGUUUGCAAAGACUCAGCUCACACAACAAGUGAAUAUAUUGAAUCAGGUGACUGUAUCGAAUCCCACAAUGGAUGUCUUGAGUCAAAUCCUCCAAGUCACCAGCCAGUCCAGAUGCCUCAAGGUGAUUGAAACAGUCAGAAUUGGGUCCAGUGCACAGCAGGAUUCGCCAAGACAAAAUAUCACCAUACCUCUCCAGAUCAACACACAAAGCCCUGAUGCUGCACAGCUCUCUCCUCCCCCUCAAUCACCAGAGACUCCGGGUCCACCAGUGACGGAAGACGAUAUCAAGGCCAAACAGAAGAAAAGGGUAUGUUUUAUGUUUUUGUUCAUUCCAUGUGUAGAAAUUGGCAAAAGUUUUACCUGUCAUACAUUUUGUGUAUGAUCUACAAGCCAGCAACCCGCCUUCAGUCCUUGGUGUUGUUUACAUUUGAAUUGCCGUAUAGGCCAUUUUAGAGCUUUUUGGGUAGUUGUGUGAAAUUGUACAUUCCUGAUAGUGCACUUGGGAAAAGUGCAGUGUGUGUACACCAAUUUUUGUAGUCCCAAUUAUAUUCUAUUAAAUUGCUUCUGAUAACUUAAUGUUCUGGAUUUAGUGCAUACUGGCAAGUCAGUCCCAAGCUGCUGCAUUUAGGAGUAGACUGUAUUUACAGUGCGUGUGUGUCAUUUUUUCACUGUUUUGUAGCUGGAGCAGUUUAACCUGCGGAUGAGACAGAAGAAUCAGCAGAGAAUGAACGAUACUCGUGACAGUAGGAAGAAGAACGCAACAGGUAACCCUUAGUGAGGUUGAAGUGUAGAGUGAUGUCCAGCCACACAUUGUAGCCUAGGUUAAGAUUAGGUGAGACCAGAACUAGUCAAGAGCUAUAGCCAACUUCAUUGAUACUGGGCACUAAACACAAAUGAAAGUACAGGAUGAGAUGAUACCAUAGGUGUCAAGAGCCAGCUAUGGAGGGAACACGGAUAGGUUCGAGGCUUCACUUAGACAGGUUUAAUGUAGGUUUUACUUGCUCUUAUUCCAGCCAUAGUUAAUCCGGUUUCAGUGAUAUCUUCGAUAGCUUUAGCUAUUAUAUUUCCUAGAUGUAGCUAUUCCGUUUUUUAUUCUUGUGUUAGGGCUAGGUUUUUAGUGUUCUUAUAUAUUUGCUAUGAAAGGCCUGCCCUUGUAACAAUUUAUCAGCUUGGCACUUUUCUUGAAUUGUGUAAUGCAAGUACGUCCUAGUAUGAAAAUGAGUGCCCAUGCUUGGUUUAUGCUCAUAAAGAAGCAUUUAAAAAUAUGUUUAUUUGUUGUCCACUGUGCAUGCAAUACAAUUUUUGAAGUAUGUGGUCUUCAAGAUUCAUAAGUGCUUUUGCUCAGAUAAACUAAUACUAACAGAAACAAUAGACAGGCAUAUACUCCCAUGUUCCUUCACUCUGGACAGGAGUUGCUCUAAAGACAGAUAUUAAUGUUAGCUAGCAUUAACAUGUAAUGUUUUCUCCAACAGCUAAAGGUAAGUAUUUUAGCAGAGUUUGCAUCAAUAGGUCUUAAGCUGUUGAAUAGCGUUAUUGUUUGUGUAGUACAGAAAUGGGGAUCGGGUAAGCUGUAGGAAGUCCGUAUUAGUAUUAGGACUUUUUGGCAAUGUUAGAAUUACUAUACGUUUCUUGAUUAGGGGAGUGGGUAUUCCAAUCUCUACUGCUAGGGAGAAACUUUUACUUCAAUGGGGGACUUGUUUUCACUCCAAAGCAGGGAUAAAUAAUGUGACUGCUGUCAAUCUUACUACUAGCUAGGGCCUGCAUAAUGAGGGUGUGGUCUGGUAGUACUAUGUGAAGAAGAGUAAGCUAGGUCAGACUGCAGGUGGUUUCAUUUGCUAUUGCUUUAGUGUAUAAAGUAUCUUUUAGUGUCAAAUAUUUCUCAUACCUCAGUUCAUUAGGAUAAUUUUGUUAUAGUACUAGACUACGUCAACUAACUGCAGGAGGACAUAGACUUGAGUGUCCGCUCCAUCAGUUCUGAGCCAAAGGUGGAAGAUAAACAGCCAACCAGCAGCCUGCAGAGUCCCAAGAGCUGGAGCGCGUCAGUUACGUCAACCUAGCAGAGCCCCUGUGAUGCUAACCCACACAUGUACCCUGUGUUAUUGUUGCGUUUUUACAGGAAAAGUUCCCAAAGUUACCUUUGCAAACACAGAGCCUAGGAACGUGUGGAUCUGUGGCCACUCGCUUAUAUUUUGGGCAGAGAUGAGGGCCAAGUCGCCCGAGAUUGGCAUGCAGCUGGGCAUGGACCCCAGCAGUGUGCGGGUGUGGUGGAAGGGCACACAGGGCAUGACGUGGGCCCAGCUGCUGCCCCAGCUAGACCAGCUGAAGAUCAAGUGGCCCAGCCCAGACGUGGUCAUCCUGCACCUGGGUGGGAAUGAUCUGGGCACCCACAACCCUGAGGCCCUUCUGGCAUCUGUGAAGAAGGACCUGACCUCCAUGAGGAGCAUUUUCCCACAAUGCCUGUUGGUCUGGUCUGACAUCUUGCCCCGGAUUUUCUGGAGGCACACAGAGGACAGCGACGCAGUGGACAAUGUUAGGGCUGCCAUCAACAGAAGAGUUCACACCAUCAUCGCUGAGCUAGGUGGCACUGCUCUGACCCAUGACAACAUCAUGUGUGACUCAGACUCAGGCCUGUACAGGCCAGAUGGUGUUCAUCUGUCUGGUAAAGGUAUUGAUACUUUCAACUUGAACUUGCAGGACUUUUUGGAGAAGUGGGAGACCGAGGCAAGCAAUGGUCCUGAGAUGAGUUAA